AGAUUUAUUAGAAAAUUAGAGAGCUAGAGAUCGAAUUAAAGAAAGAGUAAGAACAAGAAAACAUAUAUAGAAAAAAUAAAGAUUAUAAACAACAAUAAUGAAACGAUGAUUGCGCCACUCUAUGGAAGUGAAAAUCAAAAAAGUGUCGACAGUGAGUAUCGAUAUCUCGCAAUCGAUUGUCAAUAUCGCGGCGCGAACACGUGAUCGUGUCAGUGCGCAGGGGCGGCCGAUGGAUGAUGGAUGUCGAUGUUAUGAACGUAGUGUUUUCACGACAGAUUUUUCACGUGACAGUCCGAAGAAUCGCGCGGGAAGUUAAUGACGUGAUGAUGUGAACGGUUCUACAUUCUAACGAAAGCACAACAAAAGCCAUUAUCUCGUGACCACCCAUUGUUAUAAUCGCGCUAUCGAAAAUGCCGAACAAGGAAGAGGAGAACUUUUGCAAGAAAAUGGCAAAAGCCCUCAAAGGAGUGCACGCGAUCAGCGAUGCUCUGGUGAACGCGAAAUUGGCAUUUGGGUUUCUCGAUGAUUCUGUGUGGGCUGAUGGGCUUCUGGUUUUCUACGAGGUUUUUCGUUAUCUAGAAGGUGCAAUGAUUAGAUUAAGAAACACCAAAAUUGGAUUGCUUCCACUCAGCGAACUUCAACGCACAGAAGCUUUUGAGCGAGAUCUUGAUCAUUACUUGGGAAAAGGGUGGAGGAAAAACUAUAGUCCUAGAGAUAGCGUCGCUAAAUAUCUGAUGCGUUUAAGAGAAGUAGAAGAUACGGAUCCUACUCUACUAAUGGCGUACAUUUAUCAUCUUUACAUGGGUCUUUUAAGCGGUGGUAUUAUUCUGCGCAAAAAGCGGCAGCUCAUGCAAAAGAUUUCGCCUUUUAAAGCGCCACCGCCGAGUGAUGGUAACAAUGUCACAGACUUCGGACAGAACAGUAUAUUUCAAUUAAAGAGCGACUUACGCGAAUCCAUGAAUAGAAUUGCGGAGACAUUGGACGAGGACACGAAAAAUAAACUUAUCGAAGAAAGUAAAAUAGUCUUUGAAUUGAAUAACGAAAUUAUCAAAAGUGUGCAGACCGGCAAUCAUGUCUUUGAAAAAAUACUGUAUUUUAUCGGUCAAGUUGUGCUAAUUCUCUGUGUCCUAAUAAUCGUCCUCAAUAUUCUUUUCAAAUAUAUUAUACGUUAGAUGUUAUCUUAAUUAACGCUAAUUUAACGUCAAUUCGUUAAAAAAAAAAGACUAACAACUUCAGCAAGAAAGUGUUGAUAUCAAAACCAAAAUGUACAAUAUAUUAUUUAUGCGCUGUAAUUGCCUUUCUAUAGUUAUAAAUGGGAUUAUACCAUUAUUUGUACAUGAUUUAAGAACAACCUGUUUCUUAAAGUUUAUCAUAUCGAAAAUAGUGAAUUACCAAAAUUUAAUUAAAAAGUAACAAAUUCUUUUGUUUCAAA